GAUGACAAGGACGUCUUGUGUUACGUUUAGCAGCUGAAUCGAUGGACAUGCACGAAACCUGGGUACAGACAGGUUCCAAGGAAUUUAAGUCUCAUUUAUAUUUUGAUAAGAAAUUGAACUGAAUUUGUUACGCAAUGGAGUGGUGAUGGAAAUAUGUAGCUAAUCCGGGUGGAUCAGAAUGGGGCAAACGAAAUGAAGGAAACUGGACGGAAAUUAAAGAUGUAUUCAGAAAACACUUAAAGAUGGAUUCAUCAAAACUAAAACAAUUUCUGCUUCUCAAAGAACUUGAACAACAACAAAUCACAGUCAACCAUGACAAGUUACGGAGACUGGAUUCAGAGCGGAAACCAAAUAUAAUCUAUGAAUCUGGAGGAACCAAAACUGACAAUGCUUGGAACCGUCGUGGUUCUUCAACAGCUUCUUCGGAUUCCGGAUUUCCGGUUUCACCAAGCCCACCUCCGUCAGCAAAUCUUAAAACUCCGAAAUUGGACGUCUUUCAACAUUCAUCAACAAUGCAUGCUCUUGGUGAACAAUCAGACGACGAAUUAGAUAUCCCGCCUUUACCAACAUCUCAUCCACCGGAAGUCUUGGAACGUCCAUUUACACCAGACGCCAUUUCUACAAUGCAUUCUAGUGAAAUUAAUAAUAACCUCACAGAAGCAAUAACAAACGAUAACAAAAAAUCUUACGACUCGUCGUCUGAUUCCAGUGAUACUUCGUCUUACGACAGCUCUGAGGAAUCGGAUUCUUGCAAUCAUUACGUAGUUACAGAGGAAACGUCACAAGAAAACACAGUUCGUCUGCUGCCCUUUCAGAUUUCAAAACUGGAAGGCAGUGUUAAAACUGUGAGAAGUAAAAUAAAACCGGGUACAGUACAAAAUAUUACUACAAUAUUUUCAAACAAGGCGAGGCGAAUCAAAAGAGAAAAUAAGAGGAGGAAACGAAAACCAUAUCUUCGGAACACGAAAGAUGGGGAAGAUGGUGCAGGCAUAGGAGAAUCAAAUAAAACGGGUGACCAUGCUCUGGAGAUUGUCGGCCAGGAGAGUGAUUCAAACUCCCAAAACAAUGCUAGCGAACAUAAGAUUAAGACAGAUAGUAGUUUACAAAAGAAUAAUACAAACGUGCAUUCACAGUCUUCAGAAUCAGAGGAUGUUCCAUAUUUUGCUUUCUCUGUUCAAAAUAUGGAAUCUAACACAAAUAUAUCGGAGGAAACAAAUGCUCAGUUGGAUGACGGUAGGGAGAAUCAUAAUGAUUGUGCAUUAAAUUCUGUAAAAAGUGGCAUUUCUGCGAGUACAAUUGACGAUAUCGGGCUUGGGAAACAGGCCUCACAAAUAACUUCUGUUGAAUUCAAGGAUGUGUCUCGGUUCAUAAAUUCGAAUAAUGAAAAAACAGUAGGUGUACAUCAAUGUGUUUGUGAAAAUGAAAUUAUUAAAAAUAUAGGAAAUAUUAAAGAAGAUGUAAACUUUAUUCAGGAUGAAACUCAAACUUCAAAGGCGCAUUCAAGCUUAAAAAGCAAUGUCAGUGUCUCCGAUAGCAAAGCUGAGGAUUCUGUUGAUAAAUUUGCCGUGUGCAAUCUACAUCAGACAGGGAAAAAGGUCUCAGAUAUACCAACUGUGGCUACUGAAAUUACAGAAUCUAACACCUGCUUUGACGAAGUUCAAGGAAUUUACGCACAAUCGGGGAACAAAAUAUUGGACACUAAAAGUGAAGUAAGUUCUGAAGAGAAUGUUGCUUUACAUGACAGUCCAGUGUCUGACCUUCGGAGAGGUCAAUCUCGUACUCCUAAAUUAAAAGAGGAUAGAAAGGAAACAGACUCUGGGUCAUCAGAGGAAAGUGAUGUGAAUAAUUCUCAGGAUGAAAACAUAAAAAGUUCACCCGAGAUUCCCGCAGGUGGAUCCAGAGAGACGAGUCCGUGCCACACAGUGGGCAGUGUCGAGGACGGGAUUUUAGAAUUACAGAGAGCCGUGGAGAGGAAUAAUGCACUGCUCAGUCAAAAUCUGGAGGAAAACUCAAAACUUCUGGAUUUGAUUGAAGAUGACGUAGAAAGUAUUAGCAAUAGCGAUGACAAUGUUCAUUCAAACCAGGGAGGAUAUUUAAUUUCUACUGAGAACUCUUGCCAAAAUGAUGUCAGUUUUAGUGACAAACAGAUUAAAAGUCACGCAGAGAUGGAGGGUGGGUACAAAAGUGUGAUCAACUUAGAGGGAAAUAACAAUAGUAAACAACCGCAGGGAACAGUCCGUCAUAAGGAAGAAAGUGAAACAGAGAGUGAGAAAAAACGCAUAGAUCUGAGAGAUGUACAAAAAAACUCAAGCGACGCUGGUGUUAACAGCACAUCGCUUUCUAACGAAAAUCAUCGUAAUUUUUUGGAAUAUAAUGCAUCUGAGAACACAGAAGUCCAUAUGAGAAACAAUACUAGUUUGAACGAUGCAAGUGUGUCUGGAGAAUGUACUUCCCACACUAACAGUGCGAGUGUCCCCAAACCUAAAUUAACGAGUGUUGAAACAGUAUCCCCUAAAACUAACGAGGUAUCUCGUAAAUAUACUGAAUGUGUAAAUACUGCUUCUCAAAUUGAUGAAAUUUGUGAGAAAGUUCCCAGUGACAGCACAAACCCUAUCACUAACAAAGUGAGUGACACUGAGCUUCAUGGAAACCAGGUUCGCAUCAUUUGUCAUGACCAACAAGUUAACCAAGGUGAUGGAAAUGCUGGAGCAAAGGUGAUCCAACGGGAAUGUAAAAAUGCAGAAAACAAACUUUAUAAAAGUAAAACAUUACCAUUUGUCAAGUGUAAUCCCUUAGAAAAAGAGCGCAGCGAGGCGUAUCUGGCUCGGGGCACUCAACACGUCUCAGGAGUGACAGCUAACGUAUCUACAUACGCUACACCUAACCAUCAGGUAUCAGAAGGCAAUACACAUCCAAGCGAAGAGCAGCAGAACUCAAGUGUUCCCGAAUUUUAUGCACUGCCAGGAUCAUUUAAAACCGACAAAAUAGUGUCCUUAAAGGAAUUGUCCGGCAUCGCCCGGUCGAUGCCGGACAGGUACUCCGGGUACACGUCGUCCGGGUCCGACAGUUCCAGCUACACGGGAGGCAGGAAAGUCCGCACAAAGACAACGACAUUACGCUCAGGAAGAGGGGGCGACAGGGCGGAGGAAAAUUUGGAUAUAGAGUCCAAUACGCAUUUAAAACAUCUUGCCGAAACCAUUUCUAAGCUGAAUGGGGAAAAUAACGAUGAACUCUUACCGGAAAUAAAUCAGACAGUCACCAAGUUACCGGGCGGAAAUUUAGUAAUUACGACAUUAACGCACAAGAUUGUGGAAGAAGAAGAAGACGAAAAGAAGGUCAGUCAUCCUCCACCAACUGAAGAUGAUGACAGACGGUACAUCGUGCAGGACCACAAAGGAAACUAUUACAUGGUGGAGGAUAUUACAGACGAAUCUCAAGAGAGCGCUUAUUUCAGUACCUCCUCGGAAUCCCACAAUACCUCAGACGGGUUUGGAUAUAGUGGUCAGAAUUUCCAAGGUAUCUACAAUCUACAGCCUGUUGGGAGAUCAGGCAUUGAUCAUGACACUGCCGAGGAGGUAUUGCUUGGUCUGUACAAUCCUGGCGGGUAUAUGCAAAUCCAAGAAAUAGACGAACGCACUGGAGAAGGUCACUAUCUCCGAGAGCACUAUCGUCCGGGUGGCCAGUAUGGUACUUUGUCGUCUGAUACCUCCCAUAACAAACAACUGACCAGAUAUGAUGAGACCGACAAGGUCCAUCGCCCCAUACCUCAGACUAUCGGUUCAUCAUCGGUCAAGACAGUGAGACAUUCCUACGAAAUGGAAAAAGAGGAGGGUGACCAAGAGGGUUACAGGAGGAGCGAGGCAAUGCAGACUUCACAGUCUCACGCAGAUAACACUGGUAUCAGUAAUUCCAACUCCUCCUACAUGAUGGAGGCCAGUGCCAUGAUGUACCCGCCCGUGCUUCCCCCGCCCGUGAUCAUGCCGCCACCCGUUUUACCACAACCACCUGUCCCGGUCUGUCACAUGGCUGUAGUUGACGUCACGCCCUCUCCCCCUAAAAUUGAAGAAACAAGAGAGGAAAGAACAGAGAAAAUAGAAGUUAGACCAAAGGAUGUAGAGCGCCCAAUUUACAAAUCAGUUGCUCUUGUUAAGGGUCCGUAUGAGGCACCAAAAUGGCAGAAACAACGCCGAGAAUUUAUACCUGCAGAAAUAGAAGAUAAGAAGUGUGUGGUUCUAAACAGCAGAGCGACUGAGGACAGACAUGAGGAAACUGUAGAGGAGGUGACAACUAAGGAAUAUUACACCAUGAAGAUGUCGUCUGGUGGUGUUACAGAAGAUGGGUUCCAUAACAACUCUUCUAUUGAAACUCACGCUCCGCACACAUUCAAAACCGAGAAAGUGUUUCAGAUAAACGGAUCGUCGCCAUCGCCUGUUACCGACAGACAUUUUAAGAGUAAAUUUAACGUGAUGUCAGAGAGUCGCCCUAUGCCUAUUUCCAACGAAUCAAGUAAGACAUUUUCCACAAAAUAUCAAGUGAGAAACGACCAUCACCAUGACGCUUUCCCGCGUCAUCACGAUUCUUAUCAACGUUAUAAUGAAACUUUUCAAGGUCAUCACAAUGUGCCUCAACGUACCCAUGAUGUUUUUCAAGGUCAACACGAUUCGUACCAAUCUCAUGCUGCGGAGGAGAGGGACAUUCACGUCGUCCGGGGUAAUAUUUUGAUAAAGAAUACUCUUGACCAGGAUCUGGACGAGUAUAAUGAUAAUAUUAACCUGUUUGACCAAGCCUUUAACAUGACGAAGGAGAAUCCCGUUUAUCAUAGUGAUGAGGACAUUUAUAAGCGCUUCGAGAGGGAGAGAGAGCAGGAACGAGCGCAUAACCAGCGCUUUCAGGACAGUCUUAAUAACGACAUCACCUUUGAAACCGUAGACCGCUUCACCAAAUGUAAAGAAGUCAAAAGACAGCCUCGCCCCAAGAAGAACUUGAGUGAGCUGUUACUGUCUAAACUUGCUACCAUAGACUCAAAAGAUAUCCGCCAGCACAUCGACGUUAAACAUCAUCACGAGGAUAUCUACGGCGAUAUUAGCCUAAUUCACGCCGACGGCAGCCGCGCGGGGCAAAACGGAACCUCUAACUUUGACUCAGUCGCAGAAAAUGUGGAUCUUAUGUUAAAGAAUGGGAAAGCUUUCAUCACGGUGACUGUGACAGCUGAACGGAUCACCCCGAUAGAUAUAGAAUUCAAUGUGUGGAGGAAGAACCAAGCUAUCGUCACCCGCGUCAUAGAGAUUGACUUCUUCGCUAACGAGCAGCGUAGACGUCUGUACGAGUCCGUGAUGGAAAGAGCGCAGACGCGGGAAACCGGAAAUGGUGGAUACACAUACGUCAAUCCGCGGGAAACUAUGCUAUCCAGCGAAGAAACACUAGACUUGUUCACAGAAAUCAUGGACACGACUGACGGGGAGGGGGAUAAAGAAGAUAUAACUGUAAGAAAGAGUCAAAAGAAAACCAGGAUACCUGGGAAUAACCUAGACUUCCUAUACUAAGACUACAAACACGUCACCUCCAUUUUCGUAAUUUCGGUUAGGAGGUCAAAAUAUUAAGUGCUGACACAUAAAAACUAAGCCCACAGUGAUAAAAACAGUGUAGCAUGAAUUCUAUGCAUAUCAAAUGUCACAUUGAAGUAAUAUGACAAAGACAAAAAUUUAUAAUUUUAUUAUGUUAAAGGGCAAAAUGUUAAUUUUGUACAGUUGUGAUAUUUAUUGCAUAUAACCUACCAUAAAAAUGUUUGUACAGUUUAUUUAUAAUAUAAGUGCUACUGAAAUUUAAAAAAAUUUGCUUCCUUUUUUUCUACGCAAUAAAACUAAUUUUUCUUAAGCUAUACAAAGACAAAUAAUUUCAAGCUGUUUAUAAAAGUAAAAUGUCUGCAGAUUUGAGAUCAUCUGCAUCCUUGAAUGCAAAAUAUCUAUAAUCUUAUUCAUGUAUAUCAGCCUGCUUAACAAUCUACAGUCAAUAUAUGACCCUGCAGUACUUACUUAAAAAUAAUCAUGUUAUGAUUUGUUCACAUUACAGGUAUAAAAUAAAUAUAUCAGACUUCUA